GUCCAUCACCCUGCACCACUUUCUUCUAAUUCUUCUACAUUAAGGCUGAGGUAGACAUGUUUCAAUGGAGCUAAUACGUCUGUAUUUGCACACCUAGCUAAAACACAGUUUUUGUAAGCCGAUGGUCUGACCCAUUUUUUUAACUAUUUUUACCGCAAAUCGUAAAUACGGAACAGAGCAACGUUUGUAAGGCUGGUUUUAGUGUCAAGCUGAUGUCAGCGCUGACAGCUCAGCGCGUGGUUUGUCAGCGCCGAGCGUCAGCGCGAAACGUUUUAGUAUCGUGCUGAUCGCCACGGAGUACAGUCGCAGAAGCAAAAUGCGGAGAGCAAUAAUCAUUGCUGCUUUGUACUACGUAUGGAAAAGAAGGACUAACCGGCGACGAAGACUUCAUGUUCAUCCAUUGAUUGAGCAGAGAGCCGUCACAGGAGAAUUUGUUACAUUAUACGUCACUUUGAGGGCUGAUGCAACAAAAUUCUUCAAUUACUUUCGGAUGUCGACUAGAACUUUCGACGAAUUACUGGCAAAGACAGAAGAUAAACUGGUCCAUUCCAGUUUACGACGUGUGCCUAUACCACCGAUUGAAAGACUGACGGUGACUUUAAGAUUUUUGGCUACGGGUCGAACAUAUACAGAUCUGCAUUAUUCAUUCAGGAUUGGAAUUGCAACAAUUAGUCUAAUCGUAAACGAAGUUUGUAAGGUAAUAUGGGAAACACUACAUGAGGAAUGCAUACCAACAAAAACCUCUGAUAUGUGGCAAGAAAUUGCAAACGGGUUCCUACAGAAGACCAACUUUCCAAAUUGCAUCGGAGCUAUCGAUGGCAAGCACAUCCGAAUGAUAAAUCCAGACGGUGGUGGAUCAAUGUUCUACAACUACAAGAAUUUCUACUCCGUAGUUCUCCUGGCCAUGUGCGAUGCAGAUUAUUGUUUUACAUAUGUAAACAUUGGAUCAUAUGGAAAAAACUCUGAUUCAUCUAUAUUCCAAGACAGUACACUAUACAGAAGCUUAGAAAAUAAUACUCUGAAUAUACCAGGACCGAAGCCACUACCUGGAACAACUACUCCAGUUGAGCAUGUCAUUGUAGGUGAUGGUGCUUUUGGAAUAUCUAACAAAAUCAUGAAGCCAUAUGCGCGAACUAAUACGACACAUAAGAAAAAAAUAUUUAACUAUAGACUGAGCCGUAGUAGACGAUAUAUAGAAUCGACAUUUGGUAUAAUGUCAAACAAGUUCAGAGUGUUUCAUACACCUAUUAGUGUGGGUUUUAAUGUUACAAAGACCAUAGUUAAAGCAUGCUGUAUAUUGCAUAAUUUUAUAAGAGUGCGCGAUGGUUAUAGUAUUGAAGAUACACUUACAAUUGAGGGUAUGGUGGAAAUACGAACUGUACCUAUAAACAGGUCUGGCAACGCUCUGCGAGAAAAUUUUGCUGAGUAUUUUUUGAGUCCUAAUGGUAGGGUGUCCUGGCAAGACUCAUGUAUAUUUUAACUCUCAAAUGCUUUGUUCGUCGGAUAGUGUAGGUAUUCUAAGAUAAAUAAAUAAAACACUUACCAAGUUGUUGUUUUUCUUCCUCCAUAACAUUUUCGUAUAAUGUGGUGACAAUAUCCUCCCAGGAUUUAUUUCUUGCAUCCUUAUUUCUAUACAGUGCAUCAGAUGCAUCCCACAAAUGCCUUCUCAGGCGUACUUCGUCGAUGACUCGACUUGUGUCUACAUCGUGAUUCGACAUGACUGUACCUGUACACGCUGACAGCGUCCACUCCGUUUGACACUAGAACGCUCAAUGAAGGCAAAGGCGCGCAAGCGAUGGUCAGCACUGA